CCGAGUGGCAGCAAGGACGCCGACAAGAUCCCGGCGCUCCCCGGCCAGCCCCUGCGCGACAACUUCGGCCAGUACGCCGGGUACGUGACGGUGGACGAGGACCACGGCCGCGCGCUCUUCUACUACUUCGUCGAGUCCCCGCACGACGCGGCCUCCAAGCCUCUCGUCCUCUGGCUCAACGGAGGGCCAGGAUGCUCGUCGCUGGGAGGCGGUGCGAUGAUGGAGCUCGGCCCGUUCCGUGUCAACCCCGACGGCAAGACCCUGAGCAGGAACAGGCACGCUUGGAACAACGUGGCCAACGUGAUCUUCCUGGAGUCGCCGGCCGGGGUCGGGUUCUCCUACUCCAACACUUCGUCGGACUACGAGAAAAGCGGCGACGCGAGGACCGCGGUGGACGCGUACACCUUCAUGCUCCACUGGCUCGAGCGGUUCCCUGAGUACAAGGGCCGCGACUUCUACAUCGCCGGUGAGAGCUUCGCCGGGCACUACGUCCCGGAGCUCGCGACCGUCAUCGUGUCCCUCCGCGAACUCACCGGCGAGAACCCCACAAACCUCAAGGGAAUCUUCGUUGGCAACCCGUACCUUGACCGCUACAUGAACGACAAGGGCUGUCUUGAGUUCUUGUGGAACCACGGCGUGAUCUCAGACGAGGUGUGGGCUAACAUAUCCGAGCACUGCAGCUUCGACCGGUCCGAUGGCAGGCUGUGCGACAAGGCUAAAUCAUCGUACGAAGCCGGCCACAUUGAUCCAUACAACAUUUACGCUCCGAUCUGCAUCACCUCGCCAAACGGGACAUCCAACUCCAGUAGCUAUUUACCUGGCUACGAUCCGUGCAUCCAGGACUACGUCCAAGUCUACCUCAAUAAUACCGAGGUGCAGAAGGCGAUCCACGCUCGAAUCAACACAGACUGGUCACUUUGCUCCUCCUUACCCUGGAAAGAUGCCCCGUUGACCAUGGUGCCAAUGCUCUCAUGGCUUGUCAACACCGGAUUGAGAGUGUGGGUGUACAGUGGCGAUAUGGAUGAUGUGUGCCCGCUUACAGCGACGAGGUACUCUGUCAAGGAUCUCAAUCUGACCGUCACAAAACCGUGGCGCCCCUGGUACACCCCUUCCAACGAGGUUGGGGGCUAUAUUCAGCAACACGAGGGAGGAUUCACGCUUGCGUCUGUGAGGGCAGCUGGCCACAUGGUACCCAUUUUCCAGCCUACGAGAUCAUUGGUUCUCUUCUACUCCUUUCUCAAAGGCGUGCUCCCACCUGCGGUUCCAUUGUGGCGUCCGUGA